UGCACCGCUUCCGUUGCAGACUAGGUUAGCAGUAAAGCACAGAAAUUUCAUUGUUUUGAUUAUGCAGGGUCAGUUAGGGGCGAGGGCGUCAGAGACUUGAGUUUGUGGACAACACCAGGCAUGAACAUUGUUUAAGUUUAACACACAUCCUGUUAUUUUCUUUUUCACGAUUUCGAAAGGAUUUACAGUUUUAUUUCUUAUGCACUUUGAAUAUUAUUUGGAAUCUUUUGAGUUUACUUUUCAAUAUCAUUCAUUCAACUUAAAAGUUUUUAAUCUCAUGAAAUUUCUCUCUGAGACCUAAGAUAAGCCGGACUAAAAAAAAAAUUCAAUCCAUACAAUUGACUAGCGGGUCACUAGCGGUAUGGAAAGGUAAAUGUUCCAAUGUCUCAAAUUUCAAGUUCAUCAACCCAAUCACUUUUACCCAUGUCUCAGAAUUCAUUCAAUGAUUUGUGGCAUUGCUUGCAAAGUUUUGGAGCUGAUCCAGACGACUUUACCAGCUUAGACGACAAAGUUGAUUUUGAAUAUCUUGGUGAAGAUGGAGAAGAGAAAACCACAUUGGAGGUGGAGAGGAUUCAAAUUCGACCAGCAGGUCACACAGAUUUUUUGAACCCCAUCCUUAAUACAGCCAGCUCAUCUGGCAUGAGUCCUGACUCACAGACCAAUAUUAUUGGCAGCACAGCUUCAAGUCCAUAUGAUGAUGCAAUCACAUCACCACCUCCAUAUUCACCACAUGCAGGAACCUCAUCUAUGCCCACAGUGCCAUCCAAUACUGACUAUCCAGGUGAUUAUGGAUUUGAAAUCAGCUUCUCUCAGCCUUCUAAAGAAACAAAGUCAACCACUUGGACAUAUUCUGAUUGCUUGAAAAAGCUGUAUGUUCGAAUGGCCACAACCUGUCCAGUCCGGUUCAAAACAAAAUCACCAGCUCCAUUUAACUGUCUAAUUCGUGCAAUGCCACUCUUUAUGAAACCAGAGCAUGUCCAAGAGGUUGUUAAACGAUGUCCCAACCAUUCAGUUUCUAAAGAACACAAUGAAAAACAUCCAGCACCUGCACAUUUGGUUCGUUGUGAGCACAAGCUGGCCAGGUAUGUGGAGGACCAGAGCACAUGCAGGCAGAGUGUCAUCAUUCCACACGAGACUCCCCAGGCUGGUGCCGAGUGGGUCACAAACCUCUUCCAGUUUAUGUGCCUUGGUUCAUGUGUGGGGGGGCCUAACAGGCGACCAUUACAGAUUGUAUUCACAUUGGAGCAAGAUGGAAGAGUGCUAGGUCGUCGAGCUGUAGAAGUGAGAAUUUGUGCAUGCCCUGGGAGAGAUAGGAAAGCUGAUGAGAAGGCAGUUGUACCUGCUAAAUCUCUGCCAAAAAAUGGCUUAGGGUCACUUGGAUCCAGAUUGUCAGUUAGCACAGAAAUGCUCAGUGUUGCAAAGAAAAGAAAGCUGAAUGAUGAUGCUGAAGUCUUUACACUGACUGUGAGGGGAAGAGAAAAUUUUGAGAUGCUCAAGAAAAUAGCCGAUGCUAUUGAACUGGCAAACAUCAUUCCACCUGAAACUGCAGAAGCCAUCAAACAAAAACAGUUAGCAGUCCAGCGACAAAGUAAUGGAUUCAGUGAAAGUAGCUCUGACCAUUCCGAAGCUUCAACUUCCACUACGAUUAGCACUGAUAGUCAUCAUCCUCAUCAUCAUCCCUUGCCUUAUGAGGAUGACUUUAACGAUCUGCUGAACAAUGUCACAAGUUCCAAUAGUCCACAUGAACUGAUGGAUGGCUCUAGCUUUGCAGUUAAAAAGGAAGACAUUGAUGGUCUACUUAGUGAACCUACUGAUAAUUCUGUUUCAGGUUGGCUUGAUAAAUUAGGUCUUUCUUCCUACCUUGACAGAUUUCAGCAAAGUGGCUAUGACAACCUCUUUCAGUUGGAUGAUUUCAACCAAGAGAAUUUGGAGCGAAUGGGAAUCCCUGAGGCCCACAGAAGAAUAAUGUGGAAAUCUUUGCUUGAGUUCCAUCAAGCAAAUCAAAUGACAGAUGUUGUUCAAGCUUUAAGAAGAAGCAGCAGCUCAAGUGAAACUAUGCUUCUCCCAACACAGCCAAGCUCCAGUACUUCCCAGUCACAGCACAGCCAGCAAAGUGUAUACAAUCCUGGGUAUUACGAAGUUACCCGCUACACUUUCAAGCACACUUUCUCAAGGCCAAAAAAAUAUUCCAAAUAUGAGUAAUUUGUUUUAAAUUUUGUAUAAAAAAAUUCUGUGUUCAAACUUGAUUUUAUAUUUAUAUUACUAUUUUGUUACAUUUUUCAAUGUUGAAAAAGGGCUGUCAAUGCUGAAUCUUUCUAGAUAGAGUUUUUUUUAACAACCACAAUUGCUAAAUACCAAUAAAUUAAAUGAUUUCAUCAUAACAGUAGAGAGCUACACAUUUUUAUGAGGUCCUUGUUCUGUUUUCCUGUUAUUGAAGCUAAAAUUGUAUAUCAGUCUGGGAUAUGCAUUGAUAGUUGAAUAGAUAACCACAGAGCUGGAAACAAUUGUAUUUGAAUCUCUUUGGUUUUUGGUGCUCUUUGGGCAGCAAAAAACUAGCACUGUCAAUUUACUCAUGUUUAUUGGUCUGUACAUAUUUCCUAUUAGUACUGUAUAUGAAGGAAUAAAUAUUGGGUGUGGUUUCAAAGAAAGACAUACAUGUUACUUCCUUUAUUCUAAGAUCACAACAACAAAAAAAAAGGCUAUAGAUUAUUUUAAAUGAUUGAAUUAGUUUUAUUAUUAAAUUAUUAAAAUGUUUAUUUAAUUUUUGUUUUAAAUAAUUUUAUUACCUCAUUGAUUAAGAGGUUAACAUUAAAAAUUUUGUUUUGUAAUUUUGCAGAUGCAUUUAACUUCAGGUUAAGUAGCUUUACUUUAAGUAAACCUUAAACUUAAUUGAGAUUAAUAAGAACUUUUUGACACUUA